CUUCUGAAAUAGCACUGUUUUCACUUCCCCUUUGUAUGUUGAGCUAAACACUGUGAGAGAGAGAGACAGAAAGAGAGAGAGAGAUAUGGCUGCAUGCCUCAUCGUUUCACAAGUGCCUUGAAGUGCUUGUGAGGCCUCUUUGGUAGAAUGCUGAGAGAGAGAGAGGACAUGAUGCAAAUAAAUGAGUACCAUUUCACAAGAUAGUUAGAUCCAUCAUGGGAGUGGAUCAGAACUUAUCUACAGUAGUGGACCUGAACACAUCUAAUAUAACCAUGGAGUACAGCUCAGCCCGCUCAGUGGAACAGGUCCCUACAGAAUACCGCAUCGCAGGCCUGGUCUUCUACUGUGUCAUCUUCACCAUCGGCAUAGUGGUCAACGUCACCGCAUUAUGGGUAUUUGCCUUGACCACCAAGAGGAGGAACUCCGUCUCGGUCUACAUGAUCAACGUGGCCAUAGUGGAUCUCGUCUUUAUCAUCCUUCUCCCCUUCCGGAUGGUUUACUACGGCCAGGACUACUGGCCGUUCGGAGACAUCUUCUGUCGGGUCAGCGCGGCUCUGACUGUCUUCUACCCCUGCAUGGCCCUAUGGCUCUUCGCCCUGAUCAGCACUGACCGCUACGUGGCCAUCAUCCAGCCCAAACACAGCAAGGAGCUCAAGAACAUCCCCAAAGCCCUGGUAGCAUGCAUCGGGGUGUGGAUCAUGACCCUGGGUAGCACUGUCCCCUUGCUCUUCCCAGACCAUGACCCGGAUCGCUCCUCCAACUUCACCACCUGCAUCAAGAUGCGUGACAUCAUCCACCUGCGAACGGACAACCCCGUCCACUUCACACGCCUGGCCUUCUUCUUCCUGGUGCCUAUCAGUAUCAUGAUUGGUUGCUAUGUGGUCAUCGUGGAUAAUCUCGUCCACGGACGGACUUCCAAGCUCAAGCCCAAGGUCAAGCAGAAGUCCAUCAGGAUCAUCAUCACGCUCAUCGUCCAGGUGCUGGUGUGUUUUGUGCCCUUCCACGUUUGUUUGGUGGUUCUGUUACUGGAAGGUGGGGAUGGUUCGGCCUACAGCACGUGGGGGGCCUUUACGACAUUCCUGAUGAACCUGAGUACAGUUCUGGACAUUAUUCUUUACUACAUUGUCUCCAAGCAGUUCCAAGAUAGAGUAAUCAGUGUGAUUCUGUACAGGAACUACCUGCGUAGCGUACGGAGGAAGAGCAGACGCACACACACUGGGAGUGUGAGGUCGCUCAGUAACUUGACCAGCGCCAUGAUCUGAAGGUGGAAACCAAACUCAACUGUGCAAAAGAAGGUGACCCAGGGACUUUACAUAUGCAUACCUGGCCGACAGUGACAGUCGGUGACAUUUAUUAUGAGGGAGGACAAUACAUUUUUUUAUGAGAAUGGCUUUAUUUCUAUUACAGCAUAUUGGAUGAUUGUCAUUCAUAUUCCAUACACCCAGCUCAAUCUAACAUUGAUCGGUUUAGGCUACUACAUGAUACUCACAUUUUCCUAUCAUGAGGUUGGUACAGCCUAGCCUAUGAAUGAAAGUUUACAACCUAGGAACACAGGUCGAGAGAAAAAUUUGAGUUAUCAAGGUGGCAGACAGUGACACAUUCAAUACCAUCUUGCACACUCUUGCCCACAUCUAGCUGACCUAUGGUGUAAUCAUUAGUCCAACAGUUGCAAACAAAAGUUUCUAUUGGACAUAUGCAGGUAUGUUUUUCCCCAUUCUGUUCCGUUUGCUUCUGUUUAAGAAAUGUUUUUCUACAGAAUCGGCGGAAGGAAUACACCCCUGAUCGCACGCAAACACAGUUCACUUCACAGCAGCCACAUACAAACAGCAUGAGCACAACACAACACAUCAGCUGUCUGUGACCAGGCGAAAAAACCUUCCCAAGCCAAAAUGUCAUAUCAUAACCGAUAACCGCUAUGCACAGCCUACAUCGUUGUCACCAUAUUAGCUAACAUUAUAGUCAACAUAGCUACUACAUCUAACAUGUUAGUAAACCCGCUACAAUCAUGCAGUACGGUGUACAGUCAGCAAACUUGCUUUUAAAGAAAUGAAUGUGUUCAAAAUUGUUAAACUAUUGUCUUUCUCUUUGAGUCAACUACUCACCACAUAGUAUGCACUGCAGUGCUAGCUGGAUGUAGCUUAUGCUUUUAGUACUAGAUUCAUUCACUGAUCCUUUGAUUGGGUGAACAACAUGUCAGUUCAUGCUGCAAGAGCUCUGAUAGGUUGGAGGCAGUACUCCGGAAGUUGUCAUAAUUACUGUGUAAGUCUAUGGAAGGGGGUGAGCCUCCUAGGUUUUGUAUUGAAGUCAAUGUACCCAGAGGAGGACGGAAACUAGCUGUCUUCUGGCUACACCAUGGUGCUACCCCAGAGAGUGCUGUUGAGGCUACUGUAGACCUUUGCAAAACAGUGUGUUUUAAUAAAUUAUUUGGUGACGUGAAUAUAUUUUGUAUAGUUUUAUCUAAAAAGGAAAACUUUUUAAUGUUUCACUUAUUUUUAUUUUCAUGAAAUUUGUUGAGGAGGAUGGUCCUUCCCUUCCUCCUCUGAGGAGCCUCCACUUCUGGCAGAGUGUUCUAACAUUGAGUAAAGUAUACAGGUGUGUUCAGGUGUGUUCAGACUGGUGAUUCAGUAACUUAAUCCCAAUUUACAUUUGAAAUUGUGGGUUGGAAGGGGGGUUAAGGGUCACGGCAAAAGACUGGGUACAGGCCAGAUACAUAAACUCACCUGCCAAGGACUACUCGCAUCUGCUACAAGACCACGGUGCUUGCCUACGGAGCUGUGAGGGGAACGGCACCUCCGUACCUUCAGGCUCUGAUCAGGCCCUACACCCAAACAAGGGCACUGCGUUCAUCCACAUCUGGCCUGCUGGCCCCCCUACCGCUGCGGAAGCACAGUUCCUGCUCAGCCCAGUCAAAACUGUUCGCUGCUCUGGCACCCCAAUGGUGGAACAAGCUCCCUCACGACGCCAGGACAGCGGAGUCAAUCACCACCUUCCGUAGUCACCUGAAACCCCACCUCUUUAAGGAAUACCUGGGAUAGGAUAUAGUAAUCCUUCUAAACCCCCCCAAAAAAAGAUAUAGCUGUACUAUUGUAAAGUGGUUGUUCCACUGGAUAUCAUAAGGUGAAUGCACCAAUUUGUAAGUCGCUCUGGAUAAGAGCGUCUGCUAAAUGACGUAAAUGUAAAAUGUAAAUGUACUCUUCCCAAAAUGGAAAGUGAGAUCAGCAGCAUCCAAAUGACUUACACACACUUGGCAUGGUGUGUCAAACCUAACUAAAUUGACCCAUAUGAUAACGAUCUAUGUGAAUAUAUAUCUAUAUCAUAUAAUGAUUCAUAUAUGGGUACACCUAAAACAUGUAAGUCAUCUAAGAAGUAGUCCACAUUCAUGCAAAGGCAUAAUAUAAGAACCGUAAUUGUUUUACUUACAUGUUGUCACAUAUACAGUGUAUGUGAGAAACGCAAGAAUCAUGCAUGUUUUGUGUGUUUCUUCUAAGAAGUAGGCCAUAGAUUUACUUAUAACAUUUCUAUAAAUCCUUGUGUGUGUGUUCGCUGUGGGCUUCGUGUUCAACUCAUUAAAAAACGGAUUUGAAUUCA